GGUAGCCAGAGCAUUAGACAACAGUCAGUUGACGCGUGCGCAGCAGCAGCCAGAGAAAAAGAGAGAGAGAGAGAGAGAGCAAGAGAGUCGACUCCAAGUCCAGCAUCCAGUUAAAUCCACAUCCAAGCAGCCACCACAUGAAGUGCUUUUUCGUUUUUCUUUCGGCCACGUUGCUGGCGAGUUGCCAAAUGACGUUGGCAGCGACGCAGGAUCAGGAGCAGGUUGCUUCGUCGCCGGAUCCGUCGGCGUCGGCUGAUCAACUGAGUGCAGCCAGCAAUUAUGCGCCGCUGCAGGAGAAGAAACAGGAGAAGCGCUAUGUCGGUGGAUACGGUGGUUACGCUGGCUACGGCGCUGGAGCCGGCUACGGAGCUGGCUACGGCAACACUUACGGCGGAUACGGCAGCAACUACGGCGCCUACGGCGGAUACGGCUCCGCCCUUGGCACUCCAGGCUACGGCACAGGAGUCGACAGCUACUACAAUCCCUACGGCGCACGUGGCUACGGACUAGAUGGCGCUGCUGGCUAUGGCGGCUAUGGCUCCGCCUUGGGCUACGGCUCGUCCGCCUUGGGCGGCUACGGCUCCUCGCUGGGCGGCUACGGCUCCUCGCUGGGCGCCGGCGGCUACUAUGGCAGCGGCUACAACUCGAAUCCCUAUGCGCUGUCCUACUACAAUUCGCGUCUGGGCGCCGCUGGCACCGGGUAUCCCUACUACAACACACGCUUUGGCGCCGGCGGCUAUCCGUCGAGCUAUUACAGCAGCAACUACGGCAACAGCGUUGUGGGCGGCGGUCUGGGGGCGUUGGGCGGUGUACCGCCUUUGGGCGCCGGCGCCGCUGGCUACAAUUAUGGAUCCGGCAUCUCGGGCACCGUCUACUAGGCCACAAUGGAUCCGAUCCGAUCCGAUCCGAUCCGA